AUGUUAAGUAUCAACCCUCUAGCCGUCAUGGCCGCGGCCGCUGCUCUUCUUCCAUCUGCGCUUGCUACAUUUGACGCGUCUGCGAACACGAACAUGGCAGUCUACUGGGGUCAAGGGCCAAAUCAGGAACCACUCGAAGUCUUUUGUGACGACGACAAAAUCGACAUAAUCCAGAUCGGUUUCGUAAAUGUCUUUCCUGAUCAGAGCGGUGGAUAUCCUGGGACCAAUUUUGGCAAUCAGUGUGGAUCCGAGACGUACGACAAUAUCAACGGCUCUUCUUCGCUCCUUCUCAGCCAUUGCCCUGGCGUAGGCUCCAAUAUUACCUACUGUCAAAGUAUAGGCAAAAAGGUUCUUUUGUCCCUAGGUGGUGCCAUUCCGAACAACCAACAUCUCGACAGUGAUGUAACUGCGGCCGGAUUUGCUACUUUCUUGUGGGAGGCAUUUGGGCCAGAGAACAGUUCCAAGACAACUCCGCGACCUUUCGGCAAUGCUGUUGUUGACGGCUUCGACUUUGACAUAGAAAGCGUUCUUGUCUCCGGAGAGGAUGCAGGGGAUCUGGAUCGGGGUUAUGGCACGAUGGUUGAUACCCUACGGACUCUCUACGACACCGACAAGUCAAAGACAUAUUAUGUUUCCGCAGCCCCUCAGUGCAUAGUUCCGGACGCCCACCUGGCUGAUGCGAUAAAAACCUCACCGUUUGACUUUCUCUUUGUCCAAUUCUACAACACACCGCAAUGCUCGGCUCGAGCAUACUUCGACCAUUCCUAUGGAGGCACAAACACAAACAUUUCAUUCAGUAGCUGGGUAGGUUUCGUGCAGGGUCACUCAUUCAAUCCGAACACCAAGGUCUACCUUGGUCUUCCGGCGGCGCCAAAUACCAGCGUCGUCUAUGACCCGAAAAUGUACCUCCAGCCUGAAGAAGCCAAUGAAAUCAUCAAGGCGUUGCAGUGCGAGUACGAGCAUGAGUUUGGUGGUGUCAUGAUCUACGAGGCAACUUUCUCCCAGAAUAAUCAGAUCCACGGUCAAUCUUAUGCGGAUGUGCUCAAGGGCUACCUGGAGAACACCGGAUGUACGGUCUCGGCACCUGUGACUUCUUCGGCGACCGUGCACUCUUCUCGUGCUAUAUCUUCCACUCACGUCGUAUCAACAACCCAUGCUGUAUCUACUACCCCCACCACAGCUUCAGUGCACGUUGCAACCUCUUCGGCAGUUAUUUCGCCUACUCACGUUGCGUCAUCCGUCAGCGUCCCUCGCUCAAGCUCUUCGGCCGUCAACAGUUCUAUCUCAAUUUCCCCUGGGGAGACCUCGGCACGAAUUUCGACUAGUGGCAUCUCACUGCCAGCCGUAUCAAGUGGAAGCUCCAUUACAACUUCAUCAGGUGAAGCCGUUGUGUCGAUGACCGAAGUGAACAGUAGCGGACUCCCGUCCAGUGGUUCUCCAAGCAGCGGUCUCUAUCAAAACACUACUUUUAAGACCGGAUCCUUUGCAUCUACAUCGGUUGUCACGUUGUCAACGCCGACUCCGAUUUUACCUGGGACUACUAUACCCCCAGUGCCAGAGUCCACAGAGUACACCAGCUUGACCACUUACACCACUGUAACAAGCUGCCCAGUGACCAUCACUGAGGUCCAGAGCGGCACGACUUCCAUCAUUGUGGAGACCAGCUUGAUCACGAGCACGAUUACUACUUGCCCUCGCUGCUCUGAGGAGACAAAGUCUGCCUCGGUACCUGAUUUCUCUUCCAGCACACCUGGUUCCCCAGGCGAAGUUGGCAUAACUGUACCAGUUCCAGUCCCGUCAAGUUCGGCAUCGCUUUCGCCUAGCGGCGUACCACAGUCUAGUCCUAGCGUCGUACCCGCAGACCAAAGUAGUGGAUCUCUGCCAAGCCCAACAACCUACACAAUCACAAAGAUUGUGAGCACUCUUACAACCACUUGUUCCGAGGCGACCACCUUCUCUCUCUCGUCGAGUGGCAGGGUCUACACUGCUACUGUCAAUGAGACUCUCACCAUUGCUGACUGCCCAUGCACACUUACACAGAAGACCAUUGGCUAUUCCGUCCCCACCGGAGCUAGCCCUCCUCCCGGGCGCGUUCCUCCUAAAGGAUCCGACAGCGCAGCGGCUAACUUCCUUGUUAGUACCUCAUACUUCGGAACCCCUGGUUCUCCGGGAGCGGAAAACACACCUUCUAGUUCCGGAGCCGAUGAAUCCAACAACUCACCACACGCAGGUUCAAGUUCUUCUUCAGGCGAAUCCAAAAGCUCGAACGAAGGCAGCAUUGGCUCUUCAAGCGGGGGAUCCACUGGUGCACCGAAGGCCGGAUCUCAAAGCAAUUCUAACGGGGAAAGUGGCACAUCGUCUCCAAGCGCGGGAUCUCCUGGCAUAUCGAAUGCUGCGUCUCAAGGUAAUUCCAACAGUGAGAGCGGCGCAUCGUCUCCAGGAUCCGGGAACAAGGCAGGAGUACCGCAGCCGUCAUCGUCCGAGCAGUCGAACGCACAAGGUAGCCCAUCCGAAGCAGAGGCGGCCGGAUCAGCGUCAAAGGCUGUUGCUCAAGCUCUCGCAAGCGGUGUUGCCGGGGCGCACAUUCCUGUCGUGACUAUGGAGCUCAUUCCCGCCCCAGAAAAUCCAAGUCACUCUGCUCAACCGGGGAAAACUAACCAGCAUGGACAACAGAGCGGGCAGCAGAACGGACAGCAGAACGGGCAACAGAACGGACAGCAGAGUGGACAGCAGAGCGGACAGCAGAGCGGACAGCAGAACGGGCAACAGAACGGGCAGCAGAACGGACAACAGAGUGCAGAGCAGAAGGGACAGCAGAGCGGGCAACAGAACGGGCAGAAUGAACAACAGAGUGGGCAGAGUGGACAGCAGAGCGGGCAGCAAGGCAGCAGCGUCCCGUUCUCUGUAAACAAUGGCACAGCUCCCGCGAGCCCGUCAGGAACAGCACCUGCGAGUCAAGGUACCGGGAGUGGUAGCCCCGCUAUAUCCUUUCCAAAGGAGUUCAAGGGUACAGCGAUUAUUAUAGCGAAGUAG